AGAUUAGGGUUUCAUCGCCUCCCCGCCUCCAAACCUCGCGCUAUCGAGGUCUCGCCGGCGGCAUCCAUGGCUUCGGCGAAAGAAUCCGUCCAGUGUUUCGGCCGCAAGAAGACGGCGGUUGCCGUGACCUACUGCAAGCGCGGCCGUGGCCUGAUCCGCGUCAAUGGAGUCCCGAUCGAGCUCGUGAAGCCCGAGAUCCUCCGGUACAAGGCCUUCGAACCGAUCCUCCUUCUUGGCCGCUCCCGCUUCGCCAGUGUCGACAUGCGGAUCCGCGUCCGAGGCGGUGGUAAGACCUCUCAGAUCUAUGCCAUCCGCCAGAGUAUUGCCAAGGCUUUGGUCGCUUAUUACCAGAAGUACGUUGACGAGCAGUCGAAGAAGGAGAUUAGGGAUAUCCUUGUUCGCUACGAUCGUACCCUCCUGGUGGCCGAUCCUCGCCGCUGUGAGCCCAAGAAGUUUGGUGGUCGUGGAGCUCGCGCUCGCUUCCAGAAGUCAUACCGUUGAAGGGUUUUGCUCUAUCUCCAUCUAUUAUCAAAUUCAUGCUUUUUGACAAAAUCUUAGCUAUAGUAGAGGAAUUCUGCGUUCUUAUAUGCUGAAAUUUUUGAUAUUAUGGAUAUUUGAGCUUGGUUUGAAGUUAUGUUUUCUCAUGUUCGAAUUCCAUUUAUGAUCUGUUUAGUUGGUGAAUUUUUCUACUA